UUUUUUUUUUUCUUUCACUUUUAUUUAAAUUAUAAUAAUAAAGUUGGCACUGUUCCUACUCUUGCUUUGUAUUUUUAUAUCUCUUUCAUCCCAUUUCUUGAGCAGAGUGAGUGAGUGUGAGGGAGUCUCUCUCUCUCUCUUGUAUUAUUUGGAACACAAUAUACAGAGUACAGAUCAUUGAAGUUGUGCACUGUAUAAUUUUUUGGCAUAGCUGGAUUUGUUUAAACAAUAUGAAAAAUAAUGGAGAAGAGAGAAGAAGAGAGAGAGAAAGAGAAAGGUUCCAUUAUAUGUGGUGGAGUCUGCAAGUUCUGAGAUGAGUUCACGUGAAGUUAUGUCCGUGAGUAUUGCGAGCGUAGCAAAUGAGUCCGCGGAACGAUGCCUUAAUUCCACCAACCCAAAGCUCUUCGUGUCUCCUCCGCCAUUUUCAUUAAUGAAUUUCUAGACUCAGCUGCUUUUACCAUUGGACCAGCUCCACUCCUCUUCCGCCAUUAAUGCUCUUCAACAAAGCUUAUAUAUUUUCCCCCUUCUAUGGUUCAAAUGGGUUUCGACCACUUUCGAGUAUGGAAGAUUGUAGAUCUUGAAGUUCUGGUCAUGGAAAGCGAUUGUAAGAAAGCGCCAAAAUUUUAUCAGUCACAGAGGUAAAAAGAGAAAGUGAACAGAAAAAGAGAAAAAUCGGAAAAAAAUAAUUAUAAUUUUUGCUCUUUUGGUUUUUUUCUAUUCAUGGAAACAAAUAUAGAUAGAUUUAUUGACAAUAUUUGAAGGGUUUUAUUAUAUUUAUAUUUGUUUGAUUGGAGUAGUAGUGGUGGUAGAUUGGUGGUAAUGGUUUCACAGUCAAGGUACUACUACUCUGGUUUUUUCUUUUUCUUCGGGUUGUUGUUAUUGGUUUGUGUGGUUCGAUCAGACGAUGGAGAAACGCUUAUGCGUUUAAAAUCAACGAUAGAUCCUGGAGAUUCACUCCCAUGGAGAGGGAGUACGGAGCAAGUGUGCCAAUGGAAAGGGGUAAAGGAAUGCAUGAAUGGAAGGGUCUCGAAGCUGGUACUGGAGUUUCUCAACUUGACUGGGGUUUUGGACCAGAAGAUCUUGGACCGUUUGGAUCAACUUCGUGUUCUCAGCUUCAAAGGAAACUCCAUUAAAGGUCCAAUCCCCGAUCUCUCUGGUCUUGCUAAUCUCAAAUCCCUUUUUCUCAACGAAAACGAUUUCUCCGGUGAUUUUCCGGCAUCCAUUUCGGGGCUUCACAGGUUAAAGGUCGUAGUCCUUGCCGACAAUAACAUCUCUGGUAAAAUACCAGCGACUCUGCUCAAUCUUCGACGACUCUACUUUCUCGACUUGCGGAAUAAUCUGUUGACAGGUGAGAUCCCUCCGUUUAAUCAGACUAGUCUCCGAUUCUUCAACGUUUCGAAUAAUCGACUCUCCGGAGCUAUUCCUGUAACGUCGUCACUUGUUCGAUUCAACUCCUCGUCAUUCUCCGGCAAUGUCGAUCUCUGCGGAGUUCAGAUUCAGAAUCCAUGCGGGAACGAGGCCGGUCUCAGUCCGUCCAUAAGUCCAUUUUCGCCAUUGAUGCCUAGCUCGAGAAAAUCUUCGAAGCGCACCAGACUGAUCAAGAUUAUUGCCGGGACGGCCGGCGGCGCGGCGAUUCUCCUCAUUUGCGUGCUUCUUCUGUGGAUGGUUUGCCGGAGUCGCAAUCGCCGGAGAGAUUCUUCCGGCGAGGCCAAGAACAAAGGGGUGGUAGCAGGGGGAGGAGCUCACAUUCCCAGCGCGGAAGGAGGCGGAGGGGACGAGGGCGGGAACGGCGGCGGCAGGAGAGGUAAUAACGGCGGAAAACAGGGAGGGUUUUCGUGGGAAGGAGAGGGUCUAGGGAGUCUGGUGUUCUGCGGGACAGGGGAUCAGCAAAUGAAUUACAGCUUAGAAGAUUUGCUCAAGGCAUCGGCGGAGACUCUGGGGAGGGGUAGUAUCGGAAGUACAUAUAAAGCUGUUAUGGAGUCUGGGUUCAUAGUGACUGUGAAAAGACUCAAAGAUGCCAAAUACCCUAGGCUAGACGAGUUCAGAAGACAGAUGGAGGUUCUUGGUAGGCUGAGGCAUCCCAACUUGGUCCCACUUAGGGCUUACUUCCAGGCUAGGGAAGAACGCCUGCUCGUAUACGAUUAUUUCCCCAACGGCAGCCUCUUCUCUCUAAUUCAUGGUUCAAGAACCUCAGGAGGUGGAAAGCCUCUUCAUUGGACAUCAUGCCUUAAAAUAGCAGAAGACUUAGGAAGUGGUUUGCUGUAUAUUCACCAGAGCUCUGGCCUAACUCAUGGAAACCUGAAAUCCUCCAAUGUAUUGUUAGGUUCAGAUUUCGAGUCCUGCCUAACAGAUUAUGGCCUUACUUCAUUCCGAGACCCAGAUUCACUCGAAGAGCCCAGUGCAACAUCUCUCUUUUACAGAGCUCCUGAAUGCCGUGAUAUCAGAAGACCUUCCACUCAACCUGCUGAUGUGUACAGCUUUGGUGUACUCCUCUUGGAACUCCUAACCGGAAAAACUCCCUUCCAAGACCUUGUUCAAGAACAUGGCUCUGAUAUUCCCAAGUGGGUUCGAUCAGUUCGCGAAGAGGAGACUGAAUCUGGGGAUGAUCCUGCCUCAGGCAAUGAAACGUCAGAGGAGAAACUUCUGGCUCUCUUAAACAUUUCAAUGGCUUGUGUCUCACUUGUACCUGAGAACCGGCCUACAAUGAGAGAGGUUCUUAAGAUGAUUAGAGAUGCAAGAGCUGAGGCUCAGUUAUCAUCAAACAGUAGUGACCAUUCUCCUGGGAGAUGGUCAGAUACUGUUCAAAGCUUGCCCAGAGAAGAACAUUUGAGCAUAUGAGUGGUUUACUAAACUUUUCGCCGCGUUAAAUUUAUGUUUUUUUAUUUUAUUUUUCGAUUGGAUUGAUGCAUGAUUCUUCUUUAGGUAUUGUAGAGUUCACUUGUGUAAAGUUUUCAAGAUUCAUUUUAGUCCUUGUGUUAGCCAGCUAGUGUUAUACUUUUCAGAAAAAACAAAAUGAAAAAAAAAGGGUGGGAAUGUUUUUCAUUAAUCCUUUUCUGUUGGAAUGUGUUAGGCAAACAAGCUCGGGUAACAAAUAUGGUGUUGGAAACUAUACACCAUUUGCGGUACGUAGAUUCUGAUCAGAAGCAAGGUUUUCCAAAACACUUUCAGAGUUAUUUCACACCAA